AUGACCUCGAUGGAUUUCCUAUUGCUCAUGCUUGCUCUCAUUCACAGUGCUCAAUCCAUAGUCGAGUUCGACAAUCAUAUACUAGGUAAUCCCGAAUCCGCCAUGAAUCGACGUCAUCCGAAUCCGUUUGCAGAUGAGCCGACAGUCUCGUGCCACAAUGGUUACAUGGCGCUGAAAGUGAACACGGAAAAGAGUGCACCAUCACAUGUGUUCGUCAAAGGUCACUUCCGAAAGGUACGAAUUGUGUGUGUGUAUGUGGUUUCUCCAAGGCGCGUAAUUACAAAAUGUCCUCUGGCGAAUAACAUCCUUCGGUCACCGAAAUGAGACUCGCUUUUUUUGCAGGACGGCUGCUCGUUUUCAAAUACCGCCAAUGCCACAUUCGAAUUCUCCAAAUGCGAUGUCGCCCGGCAAAGAGAAGUGAGUGAAAGGGAUCGGGCCGAUCUUCGGAGACUGUCUGUUCCAGGUGAAUCCGAAGGGAAUGGCCUACACAAUGACCGUCGUCGUCCAGCUUCAUCCGCUUUUCACCACGAAAGUCGACCGAGCCUACCGUCUUCGUUGCUUCUACAAAGAGGCGGAGAAGGCAGUGGGCGCAGAGGUUUCCGUUAGGUACGCUUUUAUGGCUCUAUAAUAAUAAUCGGUCGAGGCGGUAAACUCGUAAACUGUUUUACGAUUUGGGCCCUCUUUAGGAAGAAUUUAGCUCAAGGCCAAUAAUGAAUACUUUAGUGAUCCGACGCCCGUCGAAGUGAUCGACACGGCCGAGCAUCCGGUGUGCUCCUACACCAUCCACAAGGAUUCCCCAAACGGUCCGAUCGCCAAGUAUGCACAGCUCAUGGAUGUACUCUACCACGUGUGGGACUGUCCUAGUUCCAUAUAUCAGAUGGCCGUUUACGAGUGCACAGCUCGUGGCGGAGAACUCAACGAAAAGUUGGUCAUUGGAAAGAACGGAUGCUCAGAAGACGUCUACAUUAUGCCGAAUCUCAUUUACAACGAGAACAGGACGAAGGCCUUCGUGAACUCGGCGGCCUUCAACUUUCCAGAUCAGAACACUGUCCAGAUCAGUUGCAAGAUCCGAAUUUGCGCGGCGCUUAGUGACACCUGCAUUCAUGUGAGUUGGUCCGACAAAUCACCAGAAUAGUAACAGUUUUCAGCCGAAAUGUGACGCCCCCGCUUCUUCCAUUGACGAUUCAUCGGAACCGAUUGGAAGAGAGCUGGCCAGAGACGAACUGAUCACCACCCCGCUCCCAUCGUCGACGACGACUUCCGAAGCCCCGACGACCACAUCCACCACCACCACUACUUCUACAACAACAUCCACAACUACCACGUCCACAACCACGGAACUGCCGUCCACAACCGUCCACAGAGUGCUCGACCCGACCACAACAGUCACUCUCCCCACAGACUUCCCUACUCCUGACCCAGUUUUCUUGUUGCUCAAAGCUCCACGGAAGAACAAUAAUACGCUGAGUGCGGAUGAUGACGUGGAAGGAUCUGGACUCGAGCUCUCUAAAGAACCGCACGCGGAGGCACAGCACAUGACUUCAUCUGAAGAGCCCAAAACGACAAAGAGAGAAAUCAAGAGAAGAGAUGCGUUGGAUGUGGACGUUUCAUCGGAUAUCACGAUUCUGGAUGGAGGAUUCGGUAAGCUAACAUUUCUCAGAACGCAUUGCAAAUUGACUUUUCAGCCACAGACCUUCCGUCUCCGCAAGAGCAGUCCUCUGGGCUCUCACACGAAGUUUCCUCUUCCAAGGCCGUCUGCCUGCCCUACGUCGUUCUUUGGAUCAUUCUCGGAAUCAUCCUGUUCGCAGUCUCGCUCACCUUCGGAGCUCUGUGCUAUUCAAUGAAAAAGAGCCCUCGAUUUCAAGUUCUCCCCUAA